GCCAGGUGGGAGAAGUCAGAGAAAGAGGUUGAGGUUGCUGCUGGAAGCUGCUGCACCUGUGAGACUGCUUUUGCUGUCCAUCAGCCUGCUACAAAUCCGUUCAGGUAAAAUGAUCUCUCAAAGAGCAAAGGUGUUGCUAUCACUGGAUGCUGAAGCAGUGGACUCACUCAAAGAGGGAGUCAAUUUCAAGAAAAACCCAGAGGACGGUAAAUGUUACAUCAUAUACAAGAGCAAUGAUAACCUGAAGGCAUGCAAGAACCAAUGCAAACAUCAGGGAGGGCUUUUCAUCAAAGACAUCGAAGACCUGGAUGGCAGGACUGUUAAAUGCACUAAACACAACUGGAAGUUAAACGUGUCAACAAUGACAUAUGUGAAUCCACCAGACAGCUUCCUGCAGGAUGAGCUCGAGGUAGAGAUGUUGGAUGAUGGGGGGCUUCAGUUGGUCGAGUUAAGCCCCAUGGACCCCUGGCUGGCUGACCCUCGAGAGCCUCAGGAGCUCCAGGAAGGAGAAGUGAAAGUGACGUACUUGACCCACGCCUGCAUGGAGCUGCAGCUGGGACAGAGGCGCUUCAUGUUCGACCCGUGGUUGAAGGGUCCUGCGUUUGCCAGAGGCUGGUGGCUUCUGCAUGAGCCUCCAGCAGACUCCCUGGACAGACUGUGUGCAGCAGAUCUCAUCUACAUCAGCCAUAUGCACUCUGACCACCUCAGUUACCCCACACUGAAGGUCUUGUCAGAGAGGAGGCCAGAUGUCCCCAUUUAUGUUGGUGACACAUCCAGACCUGUCUUUUGGUAUUUGGAGCAAAGCCAAGUCAAGCUGACCAACAUCAACGUUGUUCCAUUUGGUGUCUGGCAAAAUAUUGACGAAGACCUGAGAUUCAUGAUCAUGAUGGAUGGUGUGCAUCCCGAAAUGGACACCUGCAUCAUUGUUGAAUAUAAAGGUCACAUGAUCCUGAACACUGUGGACUGCACUAGGCCAAACGGAGGAAGGCUACCACAGAAUGUGGCCUUAAUGAUGAAUGACUUCGCCGGGGGUGCAUCUGGAUUCCCCAUGACCUUCUGUGGAGGGAAAUACAGUGAUUCCUGGAAGGCAGAAUUCAUCAAGAAUGAAAGGAAGAAGCUGCUGAAUUACAAAGCACAGCUGGUGAAGUCCCUGCAGCCGGUGAUCUACUGCCCAUUUGCUGGCUAUUUUGUAGAGGCUCAUCCAUCAGACAGAUACAUAAAGGAAACAAAUGUUAAAAAUAGUGCAGAGAACCUCAAUGCACUCAUCAACAAGCUCGCACCGGACAUCAAGACAUGGACACCAAAGCCAGGCGCUGUGCUGGACCUUGGCCUCGCUCUGAAAGACCCCACUAACAGUGAGGCCAUCACCAACCCCCCAGCCAGUGCAAAAAUCUACAAGGACAAUUGGGAUUUCGACUUGUAUGUGGAUGAACUGAACAGUGCCAUCAGCUGUGAGGCAUUUAAACAUCAAAGCUGGACCAAGUUUUAUUACACUUGGGCAGGCUUUAAAAACUACAACCUUGUUGUGCGGGUGAUCGAGACCGAUGACAACUUUGAACCCCUUACUGAUGGCUACGACUACUUGGUGGACUUUUUGGACCUGUCGUUCCCCACCAAGAGGCCUGACAGAGAACACUCCUACUUAGAGAUUAAAAACAGGGUUGGGGUGCUGAGAUACGUGGUGCUGCACGGCCUUCUCUGGGAUGAUCUGUACAUCGGCUUCCAGAACCGCAUAAGCCGAGACCCGGAUAUCUACCACCACAAGUUCUGGAACCACUUUCAGACAGAGCUACCAGUUCGCAGGCCAGACUGGGACCAAUUCCUGCAGCAGGAGACUUCCAUCCAGGAGCCCGACACACAACAAGAGAAGCCAAAGAAAUGGAGCUAUUGUGUAGUGUUAUAAAUGUGGGUUAUUGGUAUAUGACGAUUAAGUAACUGAUUUUUGUUUACCAGUAUGUUUGAUUUACAACAACUUCCAUGCCUUCCAGGCCUUUCCAACCUUUUUUGAGCUGUACUGAGAUUAAACAAGUGAAGAGUUAACCAGAAAAAAGGGACAAAAAACAAAAGAAAACACAAGAUAAGAAAACUAGUGACUUCACUGAAUCCAUCUCUUUUUAAAGAACCAUACAGCUGAUUUUACAUAUUUUGUCAUAUUUAUAGUUUCCUAUACAUUGCCUGAUAUAAAAAUCACUUAAGGGACUCUUAAAACUUGGAUAUGGGAUCUUUCACAGUGAACAUCAUGUCUGUAUCAGUGUCUAACCAAAUAUAUUUUCAUUGUGUGGUAAUGCAGUUUUAAGUCUGUCUAUGUAAGUUUUGAAAUGAUAAAAAAAUAAAUCCCUGAAAAAUUAAAAGUUGAAUUCAUAAGCACCCUCUGAUAAACUCAACACACUCAUGUGUUUUGCUGCUACAGUCUUAUUUGGUCUGGUAUGACCAGUAGGUUAGGUUAUGGUGGGUAGUGAAUUUAAGAGAUAAUAAUAACAAUAAUAAUAAUGAUAAUAAUAAUAGGGCGGCACGAUGGUGUGGUGGUUAGCACUGUCGCCUCACAGCAAGAUGGUUCCUGGUUUGAUCCCGGUGUGGCAGCCCUUCUGUGCGGAGUUUGCAUGUUCUCCCCAUGUCAGCAUGGGUUUUCUCCAGGUACUCCGGCUUCCUCCCACAGUCCAAAGACAUGCAGGUUGGGGAUAGGAUAAUUGGUGACACUAAAUUGGCGGUAGGUAUGAAUGUGAGUGUGUCUGUCUCUACAUGUCAGCCCUGUGAUAGUCUGGGGACCUGUCCAGGCUGUACCCCACCUCUCACCCAAUGUCAGCUAGGAUAGGCUCCAGCCCCCCCGCAACCCCCA